AUGGGGUUCUCAGGUAUCAUUACAAGCAUCUGGUCUAUUACCAUGCAACUGGUUCUCCUGAUGGUCACUUCAUCCUCGUUACAUCUAAGGGGGAAUGAGACAGAUAGACAGUCCUUGCUUGCAUUUAAAGCCGAAAUCGUGAACGACCCACUGGGCAUUCUUAGCUCCUGGAAUGAAUCCCUCCACUUCUGUCAGUGGCAAGGCAUUGCUUGUGGCCGCAGACACCAGAGAGCCACUGUGCUGGACCUCCAAUCAAGCCGGCUGAAUGGUCAGCUAUCUCCCCACAUUGGAAACUUGAGCUUUCUCAGGACGUUAAACCUCCAAAACAAUAGCUUCAACAACAUCAUCCCUCCAGAAAUCGGUCGUUUGUUCCGGCUGCAACAAUUACGCCUUAACAGAAAUUCCUUCGAGGGUGAUAUUCCGGUCAACAUAUCACGUUGCUCUAACCUCCGCUACCUUGACUUAGGCGAUAACUUUCUUGGUGUCAAGAUUCAUAUUGAAAUCGGCUUCUUGUCCAACCUUCAGGUACUUAAUUUAGGAAGUAAUUAUUUAAGUGGGGAGAUCCCACCUUCUUUGGAAAAUCUUUCUUCUCUUCAGAUGCUAUCUUUUCAACAAAAUUAUCUGCAGGGAGGUAUUCCAAAUAGCCUUGGCCAGUUGAAUAGCUUAAAAUACCUUGAUUUAAGAAGUAAUAAUUUAAGUGGGGCAAUCCCACCUUCUUUGGGAAAUCUUUCUUCUCUUCAGAUGCUAUCUUUUCAACAAAAUAAUCUGCUGGGAGGUAUUCCAAAUAGCCUUGGCCGGUUGAAUAGCUUAAAAUACCUUGAUUUAGGAAGUAAUAAAUUCAGUGGGGAAAUCCCACCUUCUUUGGGAAAUCUUUCUUCUCUUCAGAUGCUAUCUGUGCGACAAAAUUUUCUGCGGGGAGGUAUUCCAGAUAGCCUUGGCCAGUUGAAUAACUUAAAAUACCUUGUUUUGGGUUCCAAUAUUUUGAAUGGUACCAUCCCUCCCUCCAUGUACAACCUCUCUUCUAUUACAGUCAUCUCGGUGCUUGAAAACCUACUUCAUGGAACUCUUCCCCCUGGCUUGGGCCACACUGUAUUUCCAAACCUCGAAGACUUUUCUUUUCAUUUCAACCGAUUCAGUGGACAAAUACCAGUUUCACUCUCCAAUGCAUCCAACCUUGCAUUAUUUGGUAUCUCAGCCAAUAAUUUUACUGGAAGAGUGCCUAAUCUGGCAAGGAUGUCCAAUCUGUUCCGGGUAGAAAUGGAUGCUAACAAUCUUGGAAAUAAUGAGGAAGGUGACUUGGACUUCCUUUCUUCUCUGGUUAAUUGCACCAACUUAGAGCGUUUGGAUAUCAGUGGCAAUAAUUUUGGAGGAGUGCUACCUGAAUCUCUCAGCAACCUCUCAACAAAGCUCGAGGUAAUGAGAUUGGGAGGGAAUCAGAUACGCGGAAGCAUUCCUGUAGGAAUUGGAAAUCUCAUCAACUUGGGGAUACUAGGCUUUGAGGUAAACCAAUUGAGGGGCCCUAUACCAAUCUCAAUAUGUAAACUGAAUAAAAUUUUUAGUCUGUCAUUGAAUCACAAUGAGUUGUUCGGUACUAUCCUAGUUUUGCUAGGCAAUCUAACUUCGUUAGGCAGAUUGCUGCUCAUGUCAAACAACUUACAAGGAAGCAUACCGCUCAGUCUCGGUGAAUGCAGGAAUUUGCAGUCUUUGAGUCUUUCUCAAAAUAAUCUUAGUGGUCCCAUUCCAGAUGAAGUCAUCAGUUUAUCAUCCCUGUCACAGUUUUUGGAUCUGUCCCACAACUAUUUUACUCAUUCCAUUCCAUUUAGAGUAGGUCUUUUGUUGCAGCUUGCUUACUUGGAUCUAUCUGAUAACAAAUUAUCUGGUGAGAUUCCAAGCUCAAUAGGAAACUGCAUAAGUUUGGAAAGUUUGCAUUUGGAAGGAAAUUUUUUGCAAGGGACCAUUCCUGACGCUUGGAGUUCUUUGAGAGGAGUUGAAGACUUUGACCUUUCUCGCAACUUCUUAACUGGAAGAAUUCCAAACUAUUUAGGGAGUUUCCGCGUCUUGCGGAACUUGAACCUAUCAUUCAAUGAUUUAGAAGGUGCAGUACCAAUGAAAGGAGUUUUCCAGAAUUCAACUUCAUUUUCUAUUAUUGGAAAUAAACGGCUAUGUGGAGGUAUAUCUCAGCUAGUGUUGCCACCAUGCAUCUCCAAAAAAUCUGACGAAAAACCUAAGCAAGAAAUAUUUCCAUGGCGAAAAGUACUUAUCUCAAUUGCCUGUGGGAGUGCUAUUGGAGUUGUCUUCCUGUUGUGCUUUGUGCUUCUUUAUCCAUCAAGACAAUCAUUGCGCUGUGUACUUCUUUAUCUAUCAAGAAAAUCAAGAACGAAGACAACUUCAGGACCAUCAUGGGAUGUUUCACUCUUGAAAGUUUCAUACGGUGAUCUCCUCAAAGCGACAAAUGGGUUUUCUUCUCGGAAUUUGAUUGGUGCUGGUAGCUUCGGGUCUGUGUACAGGGGAAUUCUCAAUCAGGAAGAAAGAAUUGUUGCAGUUAAAGUGCUUAAUGUUCAAGGUUCAAGAGAAAGUUUUACAGCUGAAUGUGAAGCCUUGAAAAACAUUAAGCACCGGAAUCUUGUCAAGCUACUGACCGUGUGUUCAAGUAUCGAUUUUCAAGGAAAUGAUUUCAAAGCUUUGAUAUAUGAAUUCAUGGUGAAUGGAAAUCUUGAAGAGUGGCUGCAUUUUUCAGCUCAUAGGCUACCUGGGGCCCCCAUCGUGCAGGGCCAUUUGAACCUUAUUCAGAGGGUAAACAUUGCCAUCGACGUGGCUAAUGCUCUAAAUUAUUUGCACAACCACUCUCACGUUCCAAUAAUUCAUUGUGAUUUGAAACCCAGCAUCGUUCUCUUGGAAGGCGACAUGACUGCUCGCGUUGCUGAUUUUGGUUUAGCAAGGUACCUCCCAGAUGCUUCAUGUUCACUUCCUUCGCACAGAAGCACUGCAAAUGUCAUUAACGGUUCCAUAGGCUAUAUUGCCCCCGAGUAUGGAAUGGGAAACGAGGUUUCAACAUAUGGUGAUGUGUAUAGCUACGGAAUCCUGUUGUUGGAGAUGCUUACUGGAAAGAGGCCUACAGAUGAAAUGUUCAAAGAUGGUCUGAACCUGCACAAGUUCGUUCAGAUAGCUUUGCCUGAACUUGUAGAAGAAAUAUGUGAUCCAGUGCUUCUUCAAAUAAAAGAAAGCAGCACUCGUAGUAAUGGCUCAAGCAAUAGGAAUCAGGUCCAAGAUGAUCAAAGGCAAAGAGUUAGGAAGUGCUUGGUUAUCAUGGCCAGGAUAGGAGUUGCUUGUUCUGCAGAUUUGCCGAGAGAGCGGAUGGAUAUUGGACAUGUUGUAGACGGACUAUGCCUAGCAAGGGAUGUACUAACUGGAACCUGGAUUCCUAGAAAUCAUAUGAUCACGGCCUAAGCAGCAUGCAAUCCAACUUAGUUUGUUCGAGCACUGAAUCAAGGAUUCGGGCCUAUUUCAUAAGCUUUCUUGACUCUGAGUUACCUUUGCAGAA